AUGUCUCGACCCGCGAAUCGACUCGGCCACGUUUCUGGCCGGCAGCACUCACAGGGCUCGUUCCACGCUGGUGCGCCGAUCCCGACCCUCGCCAGCAUGCGCCGGCAGACACAUCGAUACCAGACCUUCCCGACGCAGCCUCCCAAGACACCAGGGGAGCAACCGUUGCCACUCUCGGACGGUGACAGCGAGUCCGAGGGCUCGGGCUCCGAGGAGGACAAUGCGGCCACGCCUCUCCCGGUGAAGCAGCUGUUGCUCCUCGCCUUCCUGUCCUUGUCGGAGCAGACUGCCUUGAACUCCAUAUCGCCCUACUUGCCGAAAAUGGUUGGCUCCAUGCCUGGCAUAUCACAGGAACUCAAUGGCAUGUAUGUGGGACUCCUGGCCAGCGCCUUUGCCCUGGCGCAACUCUCGACCAAUUUCAUAUGGGGAUAUACGUCGGACGUCAUUGGGCGGAAGCCUGUGCUCUUGAUGGGCACAUUUGCGCUCAUGUGCUGCUUCUGCUUCUUUGGGUUUUGCAAGGCGUACUGGCAGGUUGUCGUGGUCCACAUGGCCAUGGGCAUGCUGAACGGCAACGCAGCGUGUGUCCCGACCGUCCUGGGCGAGGUGACGGACCGCUCGAACCAGAGUCGCGCGUUUACGUACUUGCCCAUCAUCUACUCCCUGGGCAGCAUUUCGGGUCCUGCCGUGGGCGGCGUCUUGGUGGGCGAGAUGGGCAGUCAAUACCCGUACCUGGCGCCCAACAUUCUGGGCGCCUCCAUGCUGGCUGUUAGCUUCGUCGUGGUGGCGAUCUGGUUCGAGGAGACUCUGGACGACGAUGGCGAGCCCGCUGACUUUUGGAUUCCGCCGUGGAUCAAACGUCUCUCAGCCUGGAUCUCCUCGAAGAAGAAUGGCGGGGAUAAACCCGAGUUGACGCGCUCCACCUCAUGGGCCGCUCGCUGGCCGCGCAGUAACCAGCGGCCACUGCUUGCGUCUGCGUCGCCCGAUGCGUCAGACGACGAGGACGAGGACAGUGAGGACACCAGGGGGACUCCGAAUGGCGAUGGUCAGGCGAGUCCCAAGAUCACGACGACCAUCUACAACCGCACCACCAUGACGCUGUUGUUCACAUAUCUCGUCUUUCAGCUCUCCAACAUCAGCUUCAACAGCCUGUACCCCAUCUUCGCCUCCGAGCAGCCGCCCGCUGGCAGAGCACUGGACCCAUCCAAGAUUGGCAUCAGUCUGAGCGCAGCGGGUCUUGCGACCAUCUUGUUCCAGGCCUUCCUGUUUCAGCACCUCAAGGCGCGGCUGGGCAACCUCGGUGCCUACAGGCUAUCUCUGCUCGGCAUCGCUGUCUGCAUGGUCCUCAUGCCAUGGGUCGGGUAUCUGGAUGACAAGCCGUUUUUUGGGGUGGGGUCCGGCAAGAAGUGGCUGUACGGCGAGCUCGGCGUUGUGCUGAUCAUCAAGAACAUUUGCGCCGUGGGUGGACUCUCGAGCGUCAUGCUUCUGAUCACCAACUCCUGCCCCUCCCACGACAGCUUGGGCACGCUGAAUGGCGUCGCACAGACUCUAUCCGCACUGGGCCGGAGCAUUGGACCGUUUGUGUCUGGUGGUCUGUUUUCUCUCUCCAAGGGGAUCCACCCCAAAGGCGAGGCUCUGCCGUGGACGUUGUUCGGCGGCCUUGCGCUUUGUGGCUGGGUUGGCUCUCUCUUCAUCCGACGACAGGGCUUGGAGAGUGACGAUUGGGUGGGCGACACCGACGACGAAGAGGACGAAGAGCGACGAUGA